GAACAGAGCGAGCAGUAACAGAUGGUUGAGAAUCCCAACUACCAACAGCCAUAAAGUAUGAAUACAAGUCCAUCUGCCUUCCUAACCCCCAAGCUUUCCCACUCCAAGAAACUCCACCGCCAUUUCCUAUUAAACUCCCUCCAAACCCUAAAUUAAUCCCCACAAUCAGCAAGCAGCAAUGCAGCUCCCCGCCACGGCCAAGACCCGGAGGAUCUGCACCUCUCUGCUGAGGCUUCUCGCCGUCGGCUCCACGGCGGCGGCCGCCAUUGUCAUGGCCACCAGCCGUGAGAAGGCCAGCGUUUUCGCUUUCACGUUCGAAGCCAAGUACAGCCACACCCCGGCCUUCAAGUAUUUCUUGAUUGCGAAUGUCAUUGGGUGUGUCUACAGCUUUCUGGUUAUUCUUCUUCCUGCGGAGGGUCCGUCGUGGCGAUUCGUCGUCGCCCUGGAUGCGGUAAUCACCAUGCUACUGACAUCAAGCAUAUCAGCGGCCUUGGCAGUGGCUGAAGUGGGGAAGAAGGGGAACUCGUAUGCAGGGUGGCUACCCAUCUGUGGCCAAGUUGAGAAGUACUGCCACCAUGUGGCGGGAGCUCUGGCUGCUGGUUUUGCUGCUGUGAUACUCUACAUGUUGCUGCUGAUCUAUUCCAUCCAAGCUGCCCUAAAGAUGUCCUAAUCAACAUCACCAAACCCCAAAUUUAGGAUUAAUUCUCAAGUCAAGAGAGCUUUGUGAAAUAUUAUUGAUGGAAGAGAUGGAUCUUGUUGAGGUAAGGCAGUUGAUGCAGAGAUUAGAUUAGGAGCUGAAAGGCCUGCAGAAAAUUAAAUUGCCAGUUGGGUGGGAUAUUAUGAAAGGGCUACUGUGUUUGGGACUGUGAUUAUACGUUGAACUUGAAGAGUUUAUUUGGUGGUUUUUCGUGAA